CAUCCAAGGAAGCGAACAGCGUAUCCACCACCCACAUUAACAUGGAGUGUAAUUUGUCUGUCAUCCUUGAAAAGAGACCACAGUUCAUAGAGCAAUUGGCCUUAUGCUUGGACCGAGAAAUGAGACUUAUACCCAACUGGAGACAGUUGGCAACGAAUCUUGAUGUCGACGUGAAUGUCAUUAAAAGACUUGGGCAGUACUGUGACUACAGUCCUACCAUCCGAUUGUUUGAAUUCCUCGAGGUCACACAACCUGAUUUAACGAUUAAACAACUAAAAGACGCGCUACUGGAGAUCAGGAGGAACGACUUGUUUAGUUUGCUGUCCACGAAAGCUGAGUGCAUUGACUCUGAAAAAGUAAAAGACAUAAUUAUGUCACCAAAUAUUCAAGCUCCUUCACCAACAGCUGGCCUUUUGUAUGAAAUUGCAUCGGCCUUAGACAUCACCUCUCCGGUAUUGUCGAGCUGGUCCGACUUGGCAGUAACACUGGGAGUGCCAAGAAAAACUUGUUGGGAGUUUGAACGACGUUCAACAGAUGAUCCAACCUACAAUCUGUUGCAGUAUUUAGUUACUACUUGUCCAGAAAUUAAACUAAAAAGUCUGAAGGAUGCACUGUAUUCCAUUGAAAGGAAGGAUGUACUAAAUAUUCUACAAGAACAGAAUCAAGGAGAUGAAGUAUUUCUGAAGGACGUAAUGGAACAAAAACCGGAACUUGUAGAAACAAUGGCAGUAAACCUCAACCGCGAAAAAGUACCGGGUGUCAAAAAUUGGAUCCAUCUCGCCAGCAAACUGAACGUGCCCGAUGAUGUGCGUCAGGAAUUUGAUGCGAUCGAACAAAAGCGGAGAAGUCCCACCAAGGAAGUUAUUCAAUGGGUGGCCGUUAACUUUCCGCAGAAAACAUUAAGUGACGUCGCAAAUGCAUUGGAAAGGAUCCAGCGUAACGAUGCUAUUCAGAUCAUUUCAAAGCAAUUUCCAGACACAGUUGGUGAGGAAUCACUUUGAGAAUGGUUCGUUUUACAAAUAAUGAUAAUCAUAAUAACAAUAAUUUAGCAGUAGACAUUCCACCAGAUGGCUCUUCCUGUCCACUAUUUCUUGAUCGAAUUGCAAUUGGGAAUGUUAGUUUUUGUGGAGAGAGGGAAAACCGGAGGAUCCAGAGAAAUACCGCUCGGAGCAAGGACGACAACCAAGAAAUUUUAAGAGCUAAUGUCAACAUGCAUCAGACAAACAGCGGCAAGUCACCCAAAGUUUGCUUUCACUCCUACUUUCUUAUUUUGUAGCCUAAUACGUCUUAAUGAUUGUGGUGUAGUUUUUUUGUGAAAAUAUAUUUCAGUUUUCGAGAAAUGAUUUUUUUAGUUUGACCGCUCAAAUAGGCAAAUUUUCACCGUAAAUAUUACCCGAGUUGUGUGACCCCAUGUAACGAAUUUACAUGACCUUAGGUAUUUCUGUCAACAUAAUCCUCUGUUUUAUCAUCUAAACUUAAUCCCCUGUCAUUGUUGAAACUGGGAAAGAAAUAUUUAUAUUUGGUGAAUAUUUUUUGUCCGACGUACUUUCUCUAUGUCGAAAAGUAGCAUCAAAACAAAGACAGUUUUAACAAUGACCGAUAUGACAUAAUCUACUGAGCUUCAAGCUUUUAUAAGACAAAAGGAUAGUUUUAAAGUUAAUGUAAAAAUUUCCUUGUGUAUUUGUGUUGUUCUAUCGUGAGACGAACUCCAAGUCACGCAGAAUUUACUUGCUAGCGACUAUGAAAUACACAUGGUGUGCCUACUUGUCGCCACCGUUUACUGGCAUAAAUCAUUACAAUUUUAAAAAAAAUCUUACAUAAUACUCUUACCUUGUUUAUUUAUGAUUUCAUCAGCUGUUUCGAUGAUCAAGUUAUGUUAUAAAAUAAUUCAAAUAGUACGCGCGCUCUGAUUGGCCAUACAACCAUUUUACAUGAGCGUAUGUAAACACGG